GCGCCCGGUAAUCGCGCCCCGCAACUCUUUACCCCGGCUUUUUAAUUUUUUUUUUUUUUUUAAUCUGUGCUGUGCUGGUGGGCCGUGGAUGCUCCGGUGUGGACAGCUGCGGAUGCCGCCUUCCAGUCCCCGCAGCCCUCUAGAGGAAAAGGAUGACGCCUUCUCCGCAGCUGAGCAAGCCGGAGCUGCCGGAUGGAGCUGCACCGUACAGCCGCACAGUCAGGGGGUAGCCAAGUCAAGGCUGCACGGUUCCCACGGCAGCCGCGGCCGCCCCCGCCCACCGGCUGGGCCCUCCCAGCAGCCGCCGCUUCAGUUUGCCACUGCCCAUUGACACAAAAGAGCUUGAUGAGCGGGGCGGCGCGGCCAAUCAGCGGGGCGCGGGGGCGACCUCCCCCUCAGCCUUGGGCCGCGAGGCCAUUGCUAGCAAAAGGGGGGAGCAGGCCGACUGGGGCUGCGGCACACGGGCGCGGGAGCCAGCGCGGUGUCAAGUGCAGCUCAGACGCACCAACCGGGCCGAUUUGCAUUUUACCCUACCUUCCAUCUGUACCCAGUCUUCUUCAGCAUGGAGGAACCAAACCACGGUCCUGGAAAGGAGCUGCAGCACAGGACACGAGUGGAGUCCCCAGGAAAGAAAAGCUGGCACUCCCAGGCCUAUGCCCUUGGGGCCGUUUCCAACUUUGUAUCUACUUUUCUGACUUUCCCCAUCUAUAAAGUUGUGUUCCGGCAACAGAUCCAUGCCGUGGCAGCAUCAGAGGCUGUGCGACAGCUUUGGCAUGAAGGCCCUCAGUACUUCUACCGGGGAAUAUACCCACCUCUUCUCUCUAAGACAUUGCAAGGAACUCUGUUGUUUGGGACUUACGAUAGCCUGCUGUGUUCUCUCUCUCCCGUUGGGCCACACUCCCUGAGACACCGCUGGGCUGCAGGGCUCAUGUCAGGUGUGGUGGAGGCUGUGGCAUUGAGCCCCUUUGAAAGGGUGCAAAAUGUGCUCCAGGAUGGUCGCAAGCAAGCCCGCUUCCCCAGCACCAUCAGCAUUCUCAAGGAGUUCAACUCUUAUGGGCUAUGGGGGCGGCUGUCACUGGGCUACUAUCGUGGUUUCUGGCCUGUCCUUCUGAGGAACAGCCUGGGGAGUGCUCUGUAUUUUUCCUUCAAGGACCCCAUCCAGGAUGGCUUGGCAGAGCAAGGCCUGCCCCACUGGGUUCCUGCCUUAGUGUCUGGGAGCGUCAAUGGAACAAUAACCUGCCUAGUCCUGUAUCCUCUGAUUGUGCUAGUGGCCAAUAUGCAGUCCCAUGUUGGCUGGCAGAGCAUGCCAAGCCUGUGGGCCUCUGCCCAGGACGUGUGGGACACUCGGGGCCGAAAGGUAUUUCUGAUCUACCGUGGAGGCUCCCUUGUCAUCCUAAGGUCCAGUGUGACAUGGGGCCUCACCACGGCUAUCCAUGACUUCCUGCAGAGGAGGUCUCAUUCCAGGAAGGAGCUAAAGACUGACUAGCUGCAAGAAGUGUGGCUGUGGCAACUUUGUUAUCCUAAGCCUUCCCAGGUCGGUCUAAAUAGCUUACUUCUUUGGCUUGGUUACCUACUACAACCAUUCUUUAGUGUCUUUGAACUGCCAAUGCAUGGGAGAAGUUCCCAACUACCAGCCUGUCAGCACAAACAAAGCCCAACAGGGUUCCUUGGUCAGAAAGAGAAAGUCACUCCAUCCUGUCCACAGUUUCAACAGCCUUGGACCCAGUAGGCCCUUAAAAAAACUUGUAACCUUGAUGAAAUGUCAUUUCUUUAAGGAAUUCCUUGACAGUAAGGAGAAACGUUGUAAGAUGACCUUAGUUAGGCACUAUAAGUUCUGGAAUCCCUCUAGCCCUUUGGACCGAACUUAGUGGAGGACCAGGGACUCCAGUUUCAAAGAACUAAGCUUGAGGCUUAGGAUGUGGAUUCCACAGAACUCCUCAGAUGGCUGGCUACAUUUCUAUAUUGUUCACUGUCUCUACUGCCACCACUCUCACUUCUCAGGGCUGGGGGCUCUAGUUUCAGUCAGCUGGCAGCUGGGGCUGGAAACCCUGAAUUAGACUUGCUUCAACUGAUCAGCUGUCACAGGAACUGAUGGAGCUGGAUAUAGGAGUGGAAAGAAGUAUUGUCACUAGUUGCGUGGGAAGAAUAGACUUUGAAGGAAGAGAUUUGGUUGCAUGAGAAAAAUUUACUCUAGAAGGCUUGGUGUUAUCUGGCAGGAUAUUUUUGAUAGCAAGGCAAAAACAUUGCCUAGAAACCACUUGACUUUCUCUAGGAAAUCUGGAAGUGAAAUGACCAUAUCUCUUCACAAAUAAUUGCAUAUUUUAUUGCUGUGGAUAAGUAGUCACUGUGACGAAAAGAUCAGAAAUCUUCGCCUGUCAUUUGGAGCCAUUCGACAUAUGGCCCCCAUAUAACUUGCAGCAUUUUAUCACACCACUGCCACUGACAUAGAUCCCAUACAAAGAGCUAAACUGGACUAUUGUCCUCUCUCCAGACAUGCCAUGAACUUUCCCAUGGCCGUGCUUUUGCCCACACAAUUUCUCCACUUACAGUGCCCCUUCCUCACAUGCCAGUUUGUCAAAUAUCCUUCCAGUUCCUCAAAGCCUAGCUCAGAUGCCACCUUCUCUAUGGAGACUCUUCUGAUUUCCCACAACUGAAUGGGACGUUAGUCUCUGGUGACACCCUCCCCCCUUCUAAGAACACUGCAUACGUGGCACUGAUUCCAUUGUGUCCCUGAGUUCCUGUGACCCUGUGUUCUUGUUGGUGUUCUUCAAUACCUCCUACUAGACUGUAAAACUCCUUGAAAGCAGGGAUUCUUGUAUGCAUUUUAAAAUCUCCCGUUGUGCCUAGGUGCUCAAUAAUGUUGGCUGAAUUAUUGAAUUGAUUAUCAAUCUGUGAUAUGAUCUUUAUCCUCAGGGUGCUGUCCCUUGUACGUGAAAAUAAUGUUAUUGACUCGCCGUCAGCAAGACACAUGCCUUUGGGGGUGUGGUUUUGUUUUCUUUUAUUAGAGGAUUUAGUUUUAUGCUAAUGAUAAUGAUGCUGCUGAUGAUAAUAAUUAAUAAUAAUAAUAAAUGACUUUCAAC